AUAAAGCUAAGUGCUCUAUCAGAAACAAAUUGCUGAGCCUGUCACCUGUAUUCCAGGAACUGAAUCAGAAAUGUCUGCAGCAAAACCAGAUAUACCUGCUCCACUCGACAACGUGAAGUUUCAAUAUACUAAGAUCUUCAUCAACAAUGAAUGGCAUGACUCAGUGAGUGGCAAGACAUUUCCUGUCUUCAAUCCUGCAACUGAAGAAGAGAUCUGCCAGGUAGCAGAAGGGGAUAAGGCUGAUGUGGACAAAGCAGUAAAGGCCGCAAGACAGGCUUUCCAGAUUGGUUCUCCAUGGCGGACUCUGGAUGCUUCAGAGAGAGGACGCCUACUCUACAAGUUGGCUGACUUGAUUGAAAGAGAUCGUUUGCUGCUAGCAACAAUGGAGUCCAUCAAUGGUGGAAAAGUAUUUUCUCAUGCAUACCUGAUGGAUUUAGGGGGGUGUAUCAAGACAUUACGGUACUGUGCUGGCUGGGCUGACAAAAUCCAUGGCUCCACCAUACCAAGUGAUGGAAACCUUUUCACUUAUACAAGACUUGAACCUAUUGGAGUUUGUGGCCAAAUCAUUCCUUGGAAUUUCCCGCUGGUUAUGUUCAUAUGGAAGAUAGGGCCUGCCCUGAGCUGUGGAAACACUGUGGUUCUCAAGCCAGCUGAGCAAACACCCCUCACUGCUCUUUACAUGGCAUCUUUAAUAAAAGAGGCUGGUUUUCCUCCUGGUGUGGUAAACAUUGUCCCUGGUUAUGGGCCGACUGCAGGAGCAGCCAUCUCUUCUCACAUGGACAUUGACAAAGUGGCUUUCACUGGAUCAACAGAGGUUGGAAAACUAAUCAAAGAAGCUGCUGGGAAAAGCAAUCUGAAGAGGGUCUCCCUGGAGCUGGGGGGAAAGAGCCCAUGCAUUGUGUUUGCUGAUGCUGACUUGGACAAUGCCAUUGAAAUGGCCCACCAGGGGGUGUUCUACCACCAGGGCCAGUGCUGUGUAGCUGCUUCCAGGCUUUUUGUGGAAGAAUCCAUUUAUGAUGAGUUUGUGCGAAGGAGUGUUGAGCGGGCUAAGAAAUAUGUUCUUGGCAAUCCUCUGACUCCAGGAAUAAGUCAAGGCCCUCAGGUGGAUAAGGAACAACAUAAUAAAAUUCUUGACCUUAUUGAGAGUGGAAAGAAAGAAGGAGCCAAACUGGAAUGUGGAGGAGGACGCUGGGGGAAUAAAGGCUAUUUUGUCCAGCCCACCGUUUUCUCUAAUGUUACAGAUGAGAUGCGCAUUGCCAAGGAGGAGAUAUUUGGACCAGUGCAACAGAUUAUGAAGUUCAAAACCAUAGAUGAAGUGAUCAAGAGAGCAAACAAUACUAGUUAUGGCUUAGCCGCAGGGAUCUUUACUAAAGACCUCGAUAAAGCUAUGACUGUCUCCUCUGCUCUGCAAGCGGGCGUAGUGUGGGUAAAUUGUUAUCUUCUGUUAUCUCCCCACUGCCCCUUUGGUGGUUUCAAGAUGUCUGGAAAUGGACGAGAAAUGGGAGAAUAUGGUCUGCGUGAAUACACUGAGGUCAAGACAAUUGCCAUGAAAAUCUCUGAGAAGAACUCCUAAAAGACACCUUCAAAUCAUCUCCUACAGUUACUAAUACAGUGAGAUUUAAAUACAACCUCCAUUUUUUCUUGAUUUUUUUUAAAACAUAGCGAAUCAUUAGUGCUAACACUACAAAUGGAAACCAUGUUCUGAAUUCUGAAACCAUGAAAUCAUGUGGUGUAUUCCUUUCCAUAUGUGAUUCCAAUUCCUAUCCUAAAUAAAAAUGAUAGAUUGGAGUGCAAGAUAGCUCUAUGCUUGUCAUAGUCAUAUGCUUUCCCUUAUGGUUACAUGUCUUGAAUAAUCACCUUAUAGAAAAGGUCUGUAGUUAUUUACCCUUUUUCCCAUCAUGACUUCCUAUAGUACUUAACACACAUGUUAACUGCACAGCAAGUUGUUUGAAAUGUUUUCUAGAUGUCAUGUCUGCUUGUCAAACAAAAUGUUUAGCUGUAUCUGAAUAUAAAGCUAAUAAAACACAAUCCUGCAUGACUUUUGUUCA